GAGAGAGCGAGGCGAAGCAGAAUUUGAUUCCUCUUCGCAUUUUAUCGUGUUUCUCUGUUGAUGCUGGCCCAAGAACCAGCCAUCGAAGGCGGAGCUCGCCAGGAAGCAGAGGAUCGUCGAGGAGGAAGACCUUUGGGGGUUGAAGAACAAGAACACAAAGCAAGAAUGUCCGUUCCCUGCCCCCUCACUAGUCGAUGGAUUCCUCGCUGAUCUAACAACUACAGUAACGGGAGGGGGAGGAGGAGGAAGAGAAGGCGUCGGCCAGCCCAAAGUUCCAAUUAAUAAAUAGGGGGGUUUUCGUCGUCUUCUUUUCCUCUUGGUCUCUGUUGUAUUACUGAUGCGCGUGUUGAUGUUCUUAGGGUUAUCGACUUGCUUAUGUGUCGACGCGAGUUCCGCGAGGCGGGCAGGUGCCAAAAGGGUUCCGACUGCAAGUUCUCGCAUGAUCUCUAUGCCCAGAGGAAGGGAGUGCGGAUCGACCUCUACAGCGACCAACGCGGUCAAGUAAGGGAAACGCAAAAAGAGGAAGAAAGAGAAGCUGGUUUUGCUGCAAUGAGCGCUGAGCAAGCUAACAAUGAUUGGAUAAGUUGUGGUAAUUCGUUAAUUCCAUCAGAUUCAAGUGACGUUGAGGCACAUGAGAAGUACGCAAGGGAAGAACCAUUUACUGAAGAAGCUGCUGAGUGUCUAUUUGAGGCAGCAUAAACCAGAAGUGGUUUCACACAACCAAAAUCCCCUGUUGACAUUAGCAAUUUUAGGCCACCCUUGCCAUGAAAUAAAAAUUAUUUAUACACCCUUAUAAUUAAUCUUCACCAAUCGGCAGUUAUAUAGUUAGUAGUCGUAAUUAUCACUAAGACCUUUCAAAAUCAUUUUGAUAGUUUAACCAACUAGAAAUGAUUAGUUUUAAUUCUUUUGAUG